AUGGUUUUUGCACAGGUCCGCAAACGCCCCGCAAUCGUUUCCCGUUUUAAGGAGUAUACACUCACUAUUGAAUGCCCCACCUCCCUGGGUGACCUGGUGGUGCUGGAACUGGACAAGCAAGCUCUGGUCGUUUCUGAUGACUGGUUCUGUUCCAAAGUCACAGUGGUGACCCCAGAGAAUGACACGGCACAUUUCCCCUGCUACAGGUGGAUCUCAGACAACAAGGUCCACUACUUCAGAGAGGGCAAAGCUAAAAGAGUGUUUGAUGACAUACAUCCUCGGGCGAAGUCCUAUAGGGAGAACGAGCUUGACGAAAGAGCCCAGGACUACAGGAAGCAGGACUACGUCCAAGAACACUGAAAAGAGGACACUUUAUUUGGCUACCAGUUCCUGAACGGAGUCAACCCCACGAUCAUCCGACGGUGCUACCAGCUGCAGGAGAAUUUCCCCGUCACCGACGACAUGGUCAGGGCCUCCCUGCAUGGAGCGAGUAGCCUAACUGACCAAAUCAAGAAGGGGAACAUCUACCUGGUGGACUACAAACAGCUGGAUGGAGUGACCGCUAACAAGAUCAACGGGAAACAGCAGUACCUUACAGCUCUUCUCGUUCUGCUCCAGAAGACCCCAGACGACAAACUGAUACCCAUCGCCAUCCAGUUGAAGCAGAAGCCAGGAAAGAAAAACCCCAUCUUCUUCCCCACCGACUCAAAGUACGACUGGCUGAUGGCCAAGAUCUUCGUGAGGAGCGCAUACUUUAAUGACCACGAGCUGAACGCCCACCUGCUGCGUACCCACCUCCUCAGCGAGGUGUUCGCUGUGGCCUUGCUGCGCAACCUUCCCAUGGUGCACCCCCUCUACAAGCUCCUCAUUCCCCAUACCCGCUACACCCUUCAAAUCAAUGCCCUGGCGAGAUCUCUGCUGAUAUCAGAAAAAGGAGUUUUCACUCAGAUGUAUAUAUUGCUGUGGGAUGUGAUCCACAGGUUUGUCCAGGGAGUGAUCGGUCACUACUACAAGCCAGACUUUGACGUCCAGCAGGACUCUGAGCUGCAGAACUGGAUCAAGGAUAUCUUCAUCCAUGGAUUCAUGUCCAGGGCCAGCUCAGGAAUCCCUGAAUCUUUUUAGACUGUGGCGGAACUCGUCAAGUUUGUCACCAUGGUGAUCUUUACAGGCUCCAUCCAGCACUCUGCUGUCAACAGUGGACAGUUCGACUAUGGCGGUUGGCCGCUCAACACCCCGGUCUCCCUGCAACUGCCUCCUCCCACCACUAAGGGGCAGAGUUCUGAGAGCACCAUGCUGCACACCUUGCCAGACGUCAAGGCCACGGUGCAUGGCAUAACCACCAUGUGGCUACUCAGCAUGCAGUCCACUGACUUUAUCCCUCUUGGUGAAUACCCACAUGAGCACUUCAGUGAGGACGCCCCCUGCAGGCUGAUAAAGACAUUCCAAGCAGAGUUGAAGGCCUUCAGUGAGUCUGUCAAGGCCAGGAACCCCGAUCUGAAGGUUCCCUACACAUACAUGGAUCCUGAGCUGAUGGAGAACAGUGUGUCCCUUUAGACAGCAGACAGGGGCCAUGGCCUCAUCCUGCAUCAGCAUCUGGUACCUGCUCUGGGUUUAGAUAUGAUUAGGAUGUUACAGUAAUAGCAUGUUGGUUGUGUCAGAAUAUGCUCCUGUUGGUUCCUGUUUGACUUCAUAUACAGUAACAUUGGAUUAAAGUUUUAAUUGAGACGAUACAUUACAAAAGUGAA